GUCGUCUGUCACCUGACUCACUUCAAACAUGGCUGCGCUGGAGGCUCUAUUGCUUUGGGCACCGGGAACAGGAGGUACUCCACGAAUGAGAAAAUUGAGAAUGUGUUCGGCGUAGCUCAUCUCUUUUUAUCUCCCUGCACUCUGUGCUGGGAAAAUGAAUCAUCCGUUUGGAAAAGAGGAAGCUGCUUCCCUGAAGCAGCUCUUUGAAUUUUUCUGUGAGUGCCUGCGGAGGGGAGAGUGGGAACUGGCACAGGCUUGUGUACCCCAGCUACACGAGGGACAAGGGGAUAUCCCAAAGAGAGUGGAAGACAUACUUCAGGCCCUCGUGGUGUGUCCAUAUCUUCUGAGAUGUGGACAGGACAUCAACCCUCAAAGAUUAGCAUGGAUGUGGCUUCUUGUACUGGAAAAAUGGUUGGCCCAGGAAAAAAAGAUCCUCCCAACUGUUUUCCGGAGAAAGCUUGAAUUUCUUUUGUUGUCAAAAGACCUCCAAGGUGACAUUCCAGAGGACAUCCUCAGGGAGCUGUAUGAGAACUUAGCACAAGACACAGUAGGCCCUGUGCUUGAUGGAAAUCAGAGGCUGGAGAGCUGGACUCCUCAGCUCAGCUCCGAAGCUGUCACUGUGCUCUGGGAUCUUCUGAGGCAGUCGUCCCAGCCAGCACAGGCCCUGCUACAGCUCCUGCUUGUGGAGGAUGAUGGCACCAGCCUCUGCCACUGGCCUCUGCAGAAGGCACUGGUGGACCUCAUUCGAAAAGCACUACAGGCUUUGCAAGGCCCUGAGUCUGGGACCCCUGGGGUAGUCGACGCCAUCUUCGGAGCCCUGCGGACUCUGCGUUGCCCUGCAGAGCCGCUCGGCGGGGAGUUACGCCUCCUGUGUGAGGACCUACUAGAAGCCUGCCGGAGUGCCCUACGGGAGGAGCAGCUGCUGGGCUGCCUGCUGCACAAGGCUGGGAGAGGCUUGGUGUCCCUGUAUGGCCACACCUACACAGAGAAGGUUACAGACAAGCUGUCGAGGGUCACUGCCUCUGGAAAAUCCUCACCUGAUUGUCUGGAUCCUGAGCGGGCAAUGCUAGCCCUGUUCUCCAAUCCCGACCCAGCCCAGGCCUGGAAGGUGGCCUAUUUCUAUUGCCUGAGCAACAGCAAGCACUUUCUCGAGCAGAUCCUGGUAACGGCACUCACACUGCUGAAGGAGGAAGACUUCCACAGUCUCGGCUGCCUGCUGGAUAGAGAAUUCAGGCCUCUUAGUCGCCUGCUGGUGCUCGUGGGCUGGACACACUGCCAGAGCCUGGAGUCAGCUAAGAGGCUGCUUCAGACACUGCACAGGACACAGGAUCAAGGCUGUGAUGAGCUUCUCAGAGAUGCCUGUGACACGUUGUGGUCUCACCUGGAGGUCCUGGAGUGGUGUGUACAGCAGAGCAGCAGCCCCAUACCAAAGAGGGAUCUCUUGUCUCAUUUACAUGGUGGAGACAGUCACUCAGUGCUCUACUCUCUGCAUCACCUUACAAACCUUCCAGCCCUCAGGGAGGAAGAUGUUCUCAAAGUCUUACAGAAGGUGCCAACCAAAGACCUCGAGCAAGAGCAUGACCCAGCCGAUGCCCCAGGCCCUGAGCAUCUAAGCCAAUGUCAGAACCCAACACUCUACCAGGGCUUCUGUGCCAUGAAGUACGCUAUCUACGCCCUGUGCGUGAACUCGCACCAGCACUCCCAGUGCCAGGACUGCAGAAACAGCCCCUCCGAGGACCUGGCCUUGGCUGCAGAUCCAGCAGAUGACUCUCCCUCCUCCCCAGGUGCUUCAGAUCUCUUCUCAACUUACCUGGCCCGGUGUCAGCAGUAUUUGUGCAGUAUUCCUGACUCUUUGUGCCUGGAACUUCUAGAAAACAUCUUCUCAUUGCUUCUCAUCACUUCUGCCGAUCUUCACCCAGAACCUCACCUGCCCGAGGACUAUGCUGAGGAUGAUGACACUGAAGGGAAGGGUCGUUUUGGUGUGAGGUCCCCGUCAGAGAGCCCUCAGCACAUAGCACAGCCUGAGAGGAAAUCAGAGCGGGGUUCUCUGGGAGUGCCCAAGAGCCUGGCUUCUACCGUACCUAGUGGUCUGAAGGCAGAGCCAAAAGGCAGUUACCAACAGCCUCCUAGACACAGCUUUCUGGACCUGAAGCACUUUACUAGUGGUAUCCGUGGAUUCCUGGCUGAUGAAUUUGCAAUAGGGGCCUUCCUCAGGCUUCUUCAAGAGCAACUUGAUAAGAUCAGCAGCCACAUUCCCCCUGAGAUGCCAAAGCUGCCAGAAGGCCAGGGCUGCCCCGGAAGCAGAGAUGGAUUGCAGAGCCGACUGCACCGGUUUUCCAAGGUUCUCUCAGAGACCCAGUGGAGGUACAAGGUGGUAACAAGCAACCAGAGUUCAGAGGAACAACCUUCCCGAAGAUACCGGCCCAUUGGUGCACGGCACCCCAGUCUCCGCCGGGGUCGUCGGACAAGAAGGAACCGGGCAGAUGGCCGGGACAGAGGUUCCAACCCAUCCCAAGAAAGUACAAGUAGUGAGCUGAGCACAAGUACUUCAGAGGGAAGUCUGAGUGCUGUAUCUGGGCAGAAUGAGCAGAAUGGCCGGCUGCAGCCCCACCCUCAAAGUUCACUCAUCCCCAUGAUGUUCUCCCCACCUGAGUCACUGCUAGCAUCCUGCAUUCUCCGGGGGAACUUCGUAGAAGCCCACCAGGAAUGGUAUUUUAUUCUAUCUCUGAUGUGACUGACAAGCUGCUCAGCACUUCUGGAGACCCCAUUCCCACACUCCAGGAGGACUUUUGGAUAAACAGUGCCCUGGUGGAGCCCACAGCACCUCUAAGAGAAGUUCUAGAAGACCUCAGUCCCUCCGCCAUGGCUGCAUUUGACCUGGCUUGCUCUCAGUGCCAGCUCUGGAAAACCUGUAAGCAACUCUUGGAAACAGCUGAACGGCGUCUGAACAGUAGCCUUGAGAGCCGGGGUCGGCGGCUAGACCACGUGCUCCUCAAUGCUGAUGGCAUUCGAGGUUUUCCAGUUGUUCUUCAGCAAAUCAGUAAGAUUCUCAAUUAUUCACUUAUGUCAGUUGGACAAACUAAAUCAGAGAGUGUAGAAGAAAAGGGAGGAGGCCCUCCACGGUGCAGUAUCACUGAGCUGCUUCAGAUGUGCUGGCCUAACCUAACCGAGGACUGUGUUGCCAGCCAUACCACCCUCUCCCAACAGCUGGAUCAGGUCCUCCAGUCACUGAAAGAGGCCCUAGAGCUUCCAGAGCCCAGGAGUACUCCACUCUCUUCUCUGGUGGAGCAGACAACCCAGAAAGCUCCUGAGGCGGAGGUGCACCCUGUACACAUCCAGACUCAGCUCCUCAAGAAGAACCUGGACAAACAGACCCCAGUAGGCAGCAGACAGACUGACUAUGUGGGUACCUUCUUCAAUUACUGUAGCACCCUGGCCACCAUUCUCCUUCGGAGUUUGAGCUCCGAGCCUGAUCACAUGGAGAUCAACGUAGGAAAUCCUUUUGUUCUCCUGCAACAGAAUUCUUCCCAGCUGGUGUCACAUCUCCUGUUUGAGAGACAAGUUCCCCCAGACAGGCUGGCAGCCCUUGUGGCCCGAGAGCGUCUCACCCUAAGUGUGCCACAGGUCAUCAUCAACUGCUGCUGUGAGCCUCUUGAUGUUUGCUCUUCACGGCAAAACCAGCAGAUGUCAUCCCUUCUGACCCACAUGGGCCUCCUGGCCCAACAGUACUCCUCCCACUGCCUGGAUGACCUUCCACCUUCUACUCUAAGCUCCCCAACACCAAGUGAAAAUCCUACAUCGGAGAGAAAGCCCCAGUCCUCUCCAAGGGAUUCAUCAGCCCCAGCCUUCACCUCCUCUGCCUUAGCCUUUCUUAAAUCCCGCUCAAAACUAUUGGCUACAGUCGCCUGCCUGGGAGCUUCCCGGGGGUUAAAGGUCACCAAGCCCAGCCUGUCAUGGAAGGAGCUUCGUGGCCGCAGGGAGGUACCUCUGACAGCAGAGCAAGUAGUCCGGGAGUGUGAGCGCCUUCUGGAACAAUUCCCUGUGUUUCAGGACUUCCUGCUAGCUGCCUGGGAGCCGCUACAAGGGUCCCCUGAGCAAAGGCAGAGUCUGGCAGCUAGUCUCUGUGGUCAAGCCAGUCUUUCCACUGUCCUCCUGGGCCUGCAUGCUCCCAAUGCCCUGGACAUACUGACUGAAGCCUUCGAGGAAGCCUUGGUGGCCAGAGACUGGCCCCGAGCCCUUCGGCUCACUGAAGUGUAUGGGCAAGACAUGGACGAUUGGAGUAGCAUAAAGGAUGCACUCCUAAGCUGUGCUGUGGCCUGCGAAAAAGAAGGUUGGCAAUACCUGUUUCCUGUGAAAGAUGCAUCUCUGAGAAGUCAACUGGCCCUGAAGUUUGUGGACAGGUGGCCCCUGGAAUCCUGCCUGGAGAUCCUGGCCUACUGCAUUUCGGACCCAGCUGUCCAAGAAGAACUAAAGUGUGAGCUGCAGAGGAAGCUGGGAGAGUUGCAGGUGUAUCAGAAGAUUCUAGGUUUGCAGAUGCCCCCAGCCUGGUGUGACUGGCAGUCACUGAGAAGCUGCUGUGUUGAGGACCCAUCGACUGUCAUGAACCUGAUUCUAGAAGCACAGGAGUACGGACUGUGUGAGGAGUGGGGCUGCCUGUACCCCAUCCCAAGAGGACAUUUAAUCAGCUUACAUCAAAAGCACCUUCUCCACCUUCUAGAAAGAAGAGAUCAUGAAAAGGCUCUGCAACUCCUGCAAAGAAUUUCUGACCCCACCAUGUGCCUUGAAGUCACAGAGCAGUCCCUUGAUCAGCACCCAAGCUUGGCCACUUCUCACUUCUUGGCCAACUACCUCACUACCCACUUCUAUGGGGAACUGACUGCUGCCCGACACCGUGAAAUCCAGGCUCUGUACAUGGGAUCCAAGAUUCUGCUGACCCUGCCUGAGCCACACCGGGCUAGCUAUUCCCACUUGUCCUCCAACCCCCUGCUCAUGCUGGAGCAACUGCUUAUGAACAUGAAAGUGGAUUGGGCCACCGUGGCUGUGCAGACACUGCACCAGCUGCUGGCCGGGCAGGAGACGGGCUUCACCAUGGAUGAAGUUGACUCGCUGCUUUCCAGAUAUGCAGGGAAAGCCCUGGACUUCCCUUACCCUCUGAGGGAGAAACGAUCAGAUUCUGUGAUUCACCUCCAGGAAAUUGUCCAUCAGGCUUCAGACUCCGAGACCCUAUCUAGAUCACCAUCAGUGGAGUUCUCUCCUAUUGCUCCUCCUGGUGUCUCCGUUGUACAUUCCCCCAAUUUGAGGGAGAAGAGCGUCCCACAGAGUCAACACCCACUGGAAUUUGUGCCCCCAGCAACACCCCCUGCCAGGCACCAGUGGGUACCAGAUGAAACAGAGAGCAUCUGCAUGGUCUGCCGCAGGGAGCACUUCACCAUGUUUAACAGGCGUCAUCACUGUCGCCGCUGUGGCCGGCUAGUGUGCAGUUCCUGCUCCACCAAGAAAAUGGUGGUGGAAGGCUGCAGAGAGAACCCCGCUCGUGUGUGUGACCAGUGCUAUAGUUACUACAACAAAGAUGUACCAGAGGAGAAUCAAGGACAAUCUGAAGCACUAGACAGCUCCGAGACUGAAAGCCCUCCAUACUGUGCUGUGGUGAGAGUCCCUAAAGCAGAUGAGGUGGAGUGGAUUUUGGAUCUGAAGGAAGAUGAGAAUGAGCUGGUACGGAGUGAAUUUUACUAUGAGCAGGCUCCCAGCGCCUCCUUGUGCAUAGCUAUCCUGAAUCUGCACCGGGACAGCACCGCCUGUGGUCACCAGCUGAUUGAGCACUGCUGCAGGCUGUCCAAGGGCCUCACCAACCCAGAGGUGGAUGCGGGGUUGCUCAUAGACAUCAUGAAGCAGCUGCUCUUCAGCGCCAAGAUGAUGUUUGUCAAGGCUGGCCAGAGCCAGGACUUGGCUCUUUGUGACAGCUACAUCAGCAAGGUAGACGUGCUGAAUAUUUUAGUAGCUGCUGCCUAUCGCCAUGUGCCGUCUCUGGACCAGAUCCUACAGCCGGCUGCAGUAACCAGGCUGAGGAACCAGCUUUUGGAAGCCGAAUACUACCAACUGAGUGUUGAGGUUUCCACAAAGACUGGGCUUGAUACCACGGGGGCAUGGCAUGCUUGGGGCAUGGCCUGCCUCAAAGCUGGUAACCUCACUGCUGCACGGGAGAAGUUCAGUCGUUGCCUAAAGCCCCCCUUUGACCUCAAUCAGCUGAGUCAUGGCUCAGGGCUGGUACAGGAUGUGGUCGAUUACCUAGAGUCUACAGUGAGGCCCCUCAUCUCUUUGCAAGAUGAGGAGUACCUUGCCACCCUGAGGGAACUCGAAGCUACCCUUCGGACCCAGAGCCUCUCUCUAGAAGUAAUUCCUGAAGGAAAGAUCAUGAACAAUAUCUACUACCAGGAACCUGCAUAACUAUAGCACCAACCUGGCUAUCAUCAGCUUCUACAUGAGGCACAGCUGCCUGCGGGAAGCCCUGCUGCACCUCCUCAACAAGGAGAGUCCUCCAGAAGUCUUCAUAGAAGGUAUUUUCCAGCCAAGCUAUAAAAGUGGGAAGCUACACGUUUUGGAAAACUUGCUGGAAUCCAUUGAUCCGACCUUGGAGAGCUGGGGAAAGUACUUGAUUGCUGCCUGUCAGCACUUACAGAAGAAGAACUACUACCACAUUCUGUAUGAGCUGCAGCAGUUUAUGAAGGAUCAAGUCCGGGCUGCCAUGACUUGUAUUCGGUUCUUCAGUCACAAAGCAAACUCAUAUACAGAGCUGGGAGAGAAGCUCUCAUGGCUGCUUAAGGCCAAGGACCACCUGAAGAUCUACCUCCAAGAAACAUCCCGCAGCUCUGGGAGGAAGAAAACCACCUUCUUCCGAAAGAAGAUGAGUGCAGCUGAUGUGUCAAGGCACAUGAAUACACUUCAGCUGCAAAUGGAGGUGACCAGGUUCUUACAUCGGUGCGAAAGUGCUGGGACCUCUCAAAUCACCACUUUGCCUCUGCCAACCCUGUUUGGAAAUAACCACAUGAAAAUGGAUGUUGCCUGCAAGGUCAUGCUAGGAGGGAAAAAUGUAGAAGAUGGAUUUGGCAUUGCAUUUCGCGUUCUGCAGGACUUCCAGCUGGAUGCAGCGGCCACCUACUGCAGAGCUGCCCGGCAGCUGGUGGAGAAGGAGAAGUACAGUGAGAUCCGACAACUGCUCAAGUGUGUCAGCGAGUCAGGCAUGGCAACCAAAGGUGACGGGGACACCAUCCUCCUCAACUGCCUGGAAGCGUUCAAGAGAAUUCCACCCCAGGAGCUGGAGGGCCUGAUCCAGGCGAUACACAGUGAUGACAACAAGGUUCAGGCCUACCUGACAUGUUGCAAGCUGCGUUCUGCCUACCUGAUUGCCGUGAAGCAAGAACACUCAAGGGCUGCAGCCCUCGUCCAGCAGGUGCAACAGGCCGCCAAGAGCAGCGGAGACGCAGUAGUUCAAGACAUCUGUGCCCAGUGGCUUCUGACAAGCCACCCCCGGGGUGCCCAUGGCUCAGGCUCCAGGAAGUGACCCUCGGCAGCAGGGCCAAGAAAACGUGGCCUGAGAACCAUAGCAACAGGAGUGACGACGAUGCCCUCCACCUCUUUCUUUCUGUGGAGUGGGACUUCUCUGGCUCGGUCCGGGUCGGAAAGAGCUGGAUCAGGCCCUACUUGCCUUCUCUGGCAAGAACAGGAUCUUUCACGCAAGUGCCAUGUUCUGUAAAAGUGUGGAAUCAGUGUGUGUUUGUCUGGAGAUGGCCAGUUCUUUCUACCUCAGAGUGAGUGUGUGUGUGUGUGCACGUGCACAUGUGUGCAUGCUCCUAUGCACUUAUGUUUACGCCCAAGCAUUUCCGAACAAAUGAAACUCCUCCAUUCAAAAGAGGCACGUUCCCUUAGACUUUGCCAGUCUAGAAACCUCCCCUGCGUUUUGGUUCUUACCCCGGGUCAUCCUGUUUGUACACAGUCCCCUCCAAGUGGAGGCACUUUCGUAGCUCCUGUUAACUAGAGGGGUUUACAGAGAAUUACAGAGCACCACAAGAAGGGUUGCCUCCUUUCCCCUCCUUCCUUCCCAGAAUGCAGAGAUGGAUUCUGGGCAAGUGCUACAUGGAGGAUACAGCUGUUUUCCGGACAUCUCUUACAAGCCCAUGGAGCUAACGUGAGUCUUCGGAAGGUCAUCUGAGUAGAAGGGUUUUCAGGUCCUGCCAUCUGAAAGCUGUGGCUGCAUAUAUAACCCAUCCAGUCUAGGAGGCCAACGCAGGCUGGAGGGACCUGAUCUCACCAGGCCAGACGAGAGAGAAAGGUGAACCUCUCCAAACAGUGCAGGCGAGUUGCUCACAAGCACAGAGCUGCAGGGCUGAUGGGUGAGAGAAUGUGGCUCCUUUUCUGAAAAUCUGGGGAGAGAAAUGGUCCUAGCAUCCAGAACUGAAUGGCUAGACUCUCCCUAUUUGUGUUACGGUCCUGUGUGUGCCACUCAGAUUGGUCAGGAAGAGCUUGUUCUUCGCUCCUAUGUCCCUUCAGCCUCUUCAGGGCAGCGGGAUAGACCUGCAGACACCUGAGGUCAUGGAGAAGGCAGUGCACUUUAACAGAGAGAGGUAGGAUUCGACUUCAGAGUAAGGCCUGUGGACAGAGUCAAAACAGCGGGAUAAUAUUGGGUUAUUGGAAAAGCCAUGAUGUAUUUUUUCUAUGCAAAAAUGUGUCAUGACGUUUCUGACAACCCGAUACAUAGGUCACAUACAGUUGGCAGAAAAGUAGAGGAGGUGCUGUUUUAAUCAGCACUGGCUUGUCUUCCCACCCAGGAUAUGACAGUGUUUGAGAAUGGGGGCCCCAUACUCAGUCACUUAGAUCUGCACAUAAAAGGCAUAAAGGAAAGCUCUGCAUUUCUGAGCCCUCCCACCAGUCUGAGCUCUCAGCCUGUUCAACUUUUAUGCUGAGACAAGCAGGAACUGGAAGCUGCAGUCAGCUUCUGGUGCUAAGAAACCCUGUGGAUUUGCCUCCGAACCAAGAUUCUUAAUAGUAAGGUUAAUGACUAUUAUGGAAAUCAAUCAGUUAAACGUUUUAGUCCUAUUAGAGAAGAGAAAGACCUUAAGGAAAAUACUAGAUCCUUUGGAGUAAAGCUUGACAAGUAACUUUCCCUUCCUUACGUCAGAGAACACACCUAGUCCAAGACACGUCAUUCAAUAGCAUCAGCUUGCCCAUCUGAGUCUGCCCUUUUUGCACUGAAUGUAAGCACUUUAUACGAAUGGGUUGGAAAUCUUGCAGCCCUUAAUUUGGGAUGUUAAGACCAGAUUUUCCUGACUUUUCCUUCUAACUAGUUGAACUAUAAAAAUAAGCAACCUUUGAGUAUACUGACAUAAAGUGAGGCUGAAGGCCUUUGAGCAUCGCACUGUGGUCUCCUGCAAAACAAAACAACAUCCAAACAAACAAAUGUACACAUUGAAAGGUUGAAUGUUUUACUACAAGCAAGCCACAAUAAAAUGUCCAUCUGGCAAGUUUUGGCCUUCGA